GACGACCCCAUUAAGUACCGCGCAGACGACUCCUAUGACGACGCGAGCCUGCAACACUUCACCGAUGCCUUUGGCAACCGCUACGACCAUGUGGACUUUGACUCCAAGCGCUAUACUGCUGGUCUUUCGUUCAAGGGCACGCGGUUGGUGUACUUCACCUCGGUGUUCGUGUCGUUGUUCGUGUCGCUCUUUGGCUACGAACAGGGCGUGUGCUCAGGUAUCCUCACGUUCGUCACUUUCAACUCGUACUUCAAGCAUCCCACCGCCACCCAGAUCGGGUUGGUGAUCUCCAUCUUGGAGAUCGGUGCCAUGGUCAGCUCGUUGCUCGUGGCCCAGCUUCUGGACAAGUUUGGCCGCAAACGCACCAUUUUGCUAGGCACGUUGAUCUUCAUUAUCGGGGGGACCUUGCAAUCGUUUGCUGGCAAUCUCUGGAUCUUUGGCGUGGGGCGGGUCCUCUCUGGUUUUGGCGUGGGCAUCCUCUCCACCAUGGUGCCCUCGUACCAGUGUGAGAUUUCCCCCAGCGAGGAAAGAGGCAAAUUGGUUUGCGUGGAGUUCAGCGGCAACAUCACCGGUUAUGCUCUCAGUGUGUGGGUGGACUACUUCUGCUACUUCAUCCAGAACAUCGGCGACGCCAGAACCAAGCCCCAUGGCUUUGCCGCCCAGUUGUCGUGGAGGUUGCCGUUGUUCAUCCAGGUGGUGAUCGCGCUCGUGUUGUUGGUAGGGGGCUUUUUCAUCGUGGAGUCACCGCGGUGGCUCCUUGACGUCGAUGAAGACCAGAAGGGCCUCCAUGUAUUGCUGUUGCUCUACGACUCCGACCGUGAUCCCAACAAGGCCCGCAGCGAGUUCUUCAUGAUCAAAAACUCCAUUUUGAGCGAGCGGGUGGCAACCCCCAAGCGCGAGCGCAGCUGGAGACUCAUGUUGACUAAGUACACCUCGCGGGUGUUGAUAGCGUGCUCAGCCCUCGGGUUGGCCCAGUUGAACGGCAUCAACAUCAUCUCGUACUACGCGCCCAUGGUGUUUGAGCAGGCAGGGUUCAAUGAUUCCAACGCCUUGCUCAUGACGGGAAUCAACGCGCUCGUGUACUUGGCCAGCACCAUCCCCCCGUGGUUCUUGGUGGACCGCUGGGGCCGCAAGCCCAUCUUGGUGUCCGGGGCGUUGCUGAUGUGGACGUGCCUCUCGUUGAUCGCAGUGGUGAUGUAUCUCAACCGUGGGUUCACUCCUCUGAUGGUGGCCCUCUUGGUGAUCAUCUACAACGCGUCUUUCGGGUACAGCUGGGGCCCUAUCGGCUUCUUGAUCCCUCCAGAGGUGUAUCCGCUUGCGGUACGGUCCAAAGGGGUGUCAUUGUCGACAGCCACCAACUGGUUGGCCAACUACAUAGUGGGCCAGUUGACCCCCAUUCUUCAGGAAAGAAUCGGCUGGAAGAUGUACUUGUUCCCGGCAGGCUCGUGCUUGGUAUCGGUGUUUGUGGUGUUGAUGUUCUAUCCUGAGACCAAGGGUCUCGAGUUGGAGAAUAUCGAUGGGGUGUUCAAAGAGUUCUACGCCAUCAAAUCGCCC